GUCAUGACGUCAGGGAGGAGGCCGGGCGUGUCGGUUUGAUUGACGUCGUGUGCUCUGGUAGUCUGCUGCGGGACCGGGACAGACAGCUGAGGGGGGUCUGAAUGUCCAACCGUGACGAUCGGCGGACUACCGCGAAGUCGCACGCGCCAUCCACAGGUCUUCACAGUUGACUGAUGAGCAGCCAAUAGGACUGGGCUUGGGCUACACCGACUGGCAUAGUGUGGAGGGUCAGCAGUGCCAGAAAAGACAAGACAGAAGACAUAUUGGCAGAGCUACUGGUGGUUUACUCGUGGUUAGCCUUAGCAUACUUGUGGCAACAGGGAGGAAGAAGCAGAGCUUGGCGAUGGUCACAGCAAUGGAGGAUUCCUGUCCCAAUGGGGUACGGGAAGAGGAGGAGGUGACACCCCUGGGACAGCAUGCCGUGGAGGGGCCCCCGGCUGUAAGAUCCACCCAGGGAGCAGAAACAUCUGGAGCCAUGCAGCAGGUGUUGGAUAAUGUGGGUGAGCUGCCCACCUCUGCCGGAGCCAAAGACAUCGACCUGCUCUUCCUGCGCGGCAUCAUGGAAAGUCCCAUUGUACGCUCCUUGGCUAAGGCUCAAGAGCAGCUGGAGGAAGUGAAGCUGGAAGCGGUGCAGGACAAUAACGUCGAGCUGGUGACAGAGAUCCUGGGCGACAUCAACAACCUCAAGGUUAAAGACGACAGCGCGGCUGAGCUGUCUCGGAUCCUCCAGGAGCCGCACUUCCAGUCUCUUUUAGAGGCUCAUGACAUGGUGGCCUCAAAAUGCUACGAAGCCCCGCCCCCGACUGAGACAGCCAAUGACGCAGCGGUGAACAGCGCUCUUAUGCAGGCCGAUGCCGUGCGCAUGAUUGGCAUUCGAAAGAAGGCCGGGGAGCCACUGGGUGUGACAUUUCGUGUGGAGAAAGACGACUUGGUGAUCGCGAGAAUCCUUCACGGAGGCAUGAUUGACAGACAGGGUCUGCUCCACGUGGGCGACAUCAUUAAGGAAGUAAACGGGAAAGACGUUGGCAAUAAUCCCACUGAGCUCCAGGAGAUGCUCAAAGACUGCAGCGGAGGGAUCACCUUGAAAAUACUCCCGAGCUACAGAGACGCUCCUGCUCCUCCACAGGUGUAUGUCCGGCCAUACUUUGACUAUGACCCCGCCAAUGACAGCUUGAUCCCUUGUCGAGAGGCAGGUAUGGCCUUCAAGAAAGGUGAUAUCCUUCAGAUUGUAAACAGAGAAGAUCCCAACUGGUGGCAGGCAUGUCACGUAGUGGGUGGUGCCACGGGUCUGAUCCCCAGUCAGUUCUUGGAGGAGAAGAGGAAAGCUUUCGUUCCCAGAGACUUGGAUGGAUCAGGAAUUCUUUGUGGCACCUUGGCUGGAAAAAAGAAGAAGAAGAUGAUGUAUCUAACAGCCAAGAACGCAGAGUUCGAUAGGCACGAGCUGCAGAUCUAUGAGGAAGUGGCAAAGGUUCCUCCUUUCCAGAGGAAGACGCUGGUUCUGAUAGGCGCCCAAGGAGUGGGCCGACGCAGCCUCAAGAACCGACUGAUGGUCCUCUAUCCCACGCGUUUUGGCACCACUAUACCAUACACGUCACGGAGACCCCGUGAUGAGGAGCUAGGCGGCAACUCCUACCACUUUACCUCAAGGACAGAGAUGGAGGCUGAUGUGAAGGCCGGCCGCUUCCUGGAGCACGGCGAGUACGACGGCAACCUGUACGGCACAAAGAUUGAUAGCAUUCACGAGGUGGUCGCAAUGGGACGCACCUGCAUCCUGGAUGUCAACCCGCAGGCUCUGAAGGUACUGAAAACAGCAGAGUUCAUGCCUUAUGUGGUGUUCAUCGCAGCACCGGAUUUUGAUACUCUUAAGGCCAUGCACAAAGCUGUGGUGGAUGCAGGCCUCACAACUAAGCAACUCACGGAUGUGGAUCUGAGGAAGACGGUGGAUGAGAGCGCCCGCAUCCAGAGGGCUUAUUGCCACUACUUUGACCUGACCAUCGUUAACGACAACCUGGAUAAGGCCUUCGAGACGUUACAGGCAGACGUGGACAAACUGUGCAGUGAACCCCAGUGGGUCCCAGUGAACUGGGUAUACUGAGGACCAGCACCACUCGUUACACUGUCCAGUCUACGUGGGCCUCAGUGACCCACCAACAUGUAUGCGUGUAUGUGCGUGUGCUUGUGAUCACAAAGGCCAAAGAAGACGAAGGGCAGAGAUAUUACUGCAAGUAAUCAAUGAAAUCUCAUCGCUCUUUCUCCUCUCGGGCCUGCAACUUUUUUCUACUCGAAACUCAAAGGGAAAGAGUGCUUAUUUAUUUUAUAACUUUUUAUGAAAGAUCUUUCUAUUCAGUGUGGGAUUACGGUGAGAAUGAAACAAACCAACCAUGAGAAAAAGAAAAAAAGUCUUGUCACGUGCUCGGGCCAUACUUUUUUGCAUUAAUUUAUUGUUGUAGUGUCGUUUUGUAGUCGUUUUCCUUCAUUUUUAAAUACUUCUAUCAGUCUUCCCUCGCUGACACGGAGGAUUCACGGUCGCCACCCGAGCUCCAAAACAAAGACGAGGACAAGGCGAUCGACGAGAAGAACUUUAAGCCGUCAUUGUCCAAGAAAUCUCGCGGUGUGGCACAUGUUGAACAUCAUUGCUCUGUUUUCUUUUCACCUUUAUUUACUUGAAUCCUUAAUGUUAUUUUUUAAUGUCGCCGGCCCCAAAACCCUCAAUCGGUUUUCUCCAUGAGCGAGGGGCUAAAAAGCUCACCUGGUAUGUAAAAGAAAAACAAUAUUAUGACGUACUUUUUAAAAGAUCAAACACCAUGUCUGUUCAUUUUCUCUAGUUUUAUUUUGUUUUUGCUAUUUUUUAAUCACCGUGAUGAUUAGUAGAGUGUAGCAUUCAAUCGUUUGCUUUGUUUUUAUCUCUGUCGUCUGUUUGUCUGCAGUAUGAGUGUCGCAGUGUGUUACCUGCUACAAUGUGUUAAUGUUUUAUUUUUUGUGAAUGUGGCUCGAACCCACUCGCUCCUUAAUGAUCCUCAUCUUCAGUGUUGCGGUUAUGCCAAAGCCCUUGUGAUUAUACUCCGAAUCAAAUAUUAAAUUCACAGUUCUUAAAUCAGAUACAAAAUCAGAAAAACCCGAUUCCUGUCCUGGACUUCGAGACUUCAGGAUAAAAUGAGUAUUAAGUCACUUUAGGUGGAUAUUCAUUGUGAUGUACAGUAAAUAACAUUUCAAAAAUGCUGAGGAUAUUCUGUGACAGCCCUGCUGCCUGUUCAAGUGUUUCCACAUCAACCUCAUGUCUUCUUUUUACAUUUUUAUCAGCAAAGUUGUGAUGAAUAAAAUUUGAUAAACCUCA